AUGCCAGCUGCCACCGCACAGUCCACUGGUCAAGGCGAUAUGGUGAGUAGAGAAGGGAGAAUGGACGCUUUUCGCAAGGUCAAACCUACUUGUGUAGCUCUGAUGGCUAUAGGCUCACAAGCGCCAACUCCACAUUCUCAACAUUCAAGACUACUGGACAGUCUCUUGCAAGAACUAUCAAAUCUGCCUCAGUCUUCUCUGGAUCCAGCAGUGAUCAAUUAUAUCCUCUUCCCCCUCACUUCGAUCCUUCGACAGUCCAAUCCUGUUAACCUACCUGAUAAAUUUCUGGAAUCUGCUUUUCGACUUCUCGCCCAUACGACUGAAGCAUGGAGGAAAUGUUCAGGAGGAAUGGACGUCGUUGCAUGGGAGCAACUAUGGAAAUUAUGCGUCGCAGCUGUCGUACCUCGAAGUGUGCUAGACAAAGGAAAAGGAAAAGGAAAGGGGAAAGAAAUCAAUCAAGAAGUACAACUUCAAGCUGUAAAUCUAUUAUCAUCUUUACUCAAACCAACACCAGAACACGAAUCUGGUCUUCUACAUCCUACUCCUUCCAUGUUAGAUAAAGUGUCAACAGCGACAUCACCACUCCUUCCCACUUUAUUUCAAACUAUCACUUUCUUGCUUGAAACCUCUUCACCUUCUCCCCCAUAUCAUUCACUCCAACUGUCUUCCCUCCGUCUACUACGUCCAUUGGUUCAAACGUACCUGAAAGGUAAACAUGAAGUGUUAGCAGCAGUCCUUCCUGGAAUCAUAAGUACAAUGGGGAAGAUCGUUCAAGGCAGUGGAAAAUCAAUCAAGGGAGAGGUAGCCCAACAAAUUCUAGGUUUAAUAGAAGAAAUAGUUACUUCCACCCUGAACGACAAGGAAUUAAGAGAGUUGGGAUUGAUUAGACCUGUGGUGGAGGAUAUAAGUCAAUUAGCUGAGGAAUGGAAUUCUGCAUCUCAGCCUCUACCGCCUGGUCAGCCUCCCCCACCUUCACCUACAUCUUCAACCUCAUCGAAAUCGUCGAAUCCCUUCCCUCCACUUACCGCUUCGUAUCUCAUCUUCACGUCGACUCAAUUACAAAAUGCACUCCCCCCAAUCAUAUCUGCUUUGUCAUCACAUACUUCCGAUCUGCCUAGACAUGCGGUCAUUUCGCUGUCAUAUUCACUCAUACUACAUUGUCAUGAAUCGCUAUCUACCCUACAACCUCGCUGUUUAGCAUCUCUACUAUCGUUAUCGAAAGAUCCUUUUGAUCCUGUGCGACACGAUGCCAAGCGGAGCUUGAAUCUCCUCGCACAGAACCAACAAUUAGCAUUAGAACCGGUUGUGUUGGACUUACUCAGUACUGCGGUCAAUUCCCUCCCUCGAUUAGUGACAUCACAACAGGACACUCAAGUAGACGAAGUCGCAAGACUCAUCACUGCAAUUGCUGAACAUACAAACGACGUGCAGGUCGAUACUCGCACGGGAAAUGCAAUAGCUGAUCUGCUGGGACCAAGUGGAGGAGUUGAAAGAUGGAGUUGGGCUUUACUGAACUGUCUGGAAUUUGGUCGUCCAAGCGGAUGGUCAUCGUCUGAAAAUACUUCAGAAAGAUUAACUCAAUUGGGAUGGGAGCAAAGAUCAUCUCCUGAUGGUGUUCCCCUUCUGCUGGAUAACGGGAUUGUGACGGGUCAACCAGACUCGAAAUUCCCACACCUUCCUCUUCGUUAUGUCGAAUCAGAAGGCACCACCCGCUCUUUGGGUGAUAUGCUCACCUCGCUAGGAGCGGCAGGAGGCGAAGCAGCUCUUCAUUCUGUAGAGUACUUCAUCCUCUUCGCAAAGGCAAAUCGUAGCCGCCAAGUCUCUAAGUCAGUCUCGGCAGUAUGGGUCUGCGAGAAGCUUUUAGAAGGUAUAUCGAACGCACAAGUGGAGGGUAUAGAAGGCAGAAUCAGUAAAGCGGUAAGGAAAGUGGCUCGGGAAAUCGUCAAAAUCCUUGUCACAAUCGAUGAAGAUGAAGAUGGAGCCGAUGAAGAAGAAGAGCCGGAUUACAAAGAAAAUCCAAAUGCUGAAGCAUUGAUACCAGUUGAAAGGACUAAAGGGAUCGAUACACUCACGACUCUACUUGAUCGAAAAUCUAUAUCUAACACAAGAACAUCUGCCGAGUCUAGUCGACUACACAACCAAGCGCAAAGAUCUCUGCUUACCUGUCUAUCAUUGGAAACUUUGACAUUGAUUUCAAAGAUACUGUCGUCUGCUUUUCGCCCGCUUCUGCUCACAUCACUUUACACCCUUUUGGCUCAUCUUGCUUCGCCUCAACCAAUAAUCCGAGAGUGUUCAACCACCGCUUUACAUCAAAUAGCUUACCACAUAGGCUAUUCAAAUCCUCAAAAUAUGGUUCUGGAUAAUGUAGACUACGUAAUCAAUAACGUUACUCUUCAUCUCCUUCCCAAUCGACUCUCGCCUACUGCCCCAUUAGUAUUGAUAGCUAUGAUCCGAUUAGUAGGCGUGGAAAUAGUACCUAUGGUACAUGAUCUGGUGGAUGAGAUAUUCGAUGCGUUAGAUGAUUAUCAUGGCUAUGAGGCUUUGGCCAGUAGCCUGCUAGCUGUCCUAGGCACUUUGAUAGAGGUCAUGAACGAUGAAAUAGAAAUCGAAGGUGUAACUGAGGAAAGGAAACAAAAGAUGGAUGAAAUGAGAAGAAUUGAGAGGCCACCUAAUCCCGACGAAGAUUUCAAUAAAUUUUUCACUUGGUGGCAAGAUAGGAACGAGAAGAGACGGGAGGAAAUUGGCGAUAUUCUUGGGAGAGCUCCUCAGCAUGCUUGGGGUAAGAAAGAUAUUCCGCUUGAAAACAAAGAAGAAGGGAACGAAGAAGAAGAAGAAGAAGAAGGUAGUCCGCCAUCAAAUACGGAUGAUUCCGAAAUACCUCCAACCCGUUCACAGACAGUUUGUAUACGGAUACUUGAGAAGUCAAUAUUCUUCUUGACUCACCAAUCGCCUUUCCUUCGUUCGCGGAUAUUAUCAUUAAUAUCGAAUGCUGUACCAGUAUUAACGAAGGGAAAUCGAGAAACUGAAUUACUGCCAUUAGUUGAUAAAUCUUGGAACUCGAUAUUGAAUCGAUUAGACGAUAAAGAACCUUAUGUGGUCACUGAAGCUGCUCAAUGCAUAGCUAAAUUAUGUGAACAAGUUGGAGAUUUCAUGUCUAAACGAGUAUUAGAUCAUGCUUGGCCAAGAAUGAAGAUCUUACUUAAUAACCAAAAAGAAUUAGAUUCAAAAUCGGCUUUAACAAACAAAACCCCCCAAGGUGGAAGAAAUGCACGACGAGGGAUGGAUAAAUUCACCGUUUCACAUAAACUUCAUAUAUCCAUCCUCAAGGUGGCUUUGUUUAUCGUUCAAGAAGUUCCUGUUGAAGAUAGUAUUAUUUGGGAUAUGAUCGUUAUACUUCGACCUUUCCUAGACACAAGAGUUCAAGAAGAAUUACAAGAAUUGACGAAAGAAGUAUAUGAGAAUUUGGGCAAAAGAGAUGGAGAUGCAGUCUGGCUAGCAUUAAAACUCAGUCUAGACGAUCUAGGUGACACAGAGGAUACUCGUUGGGAAACUUUGAAAGGUGAUCAACUGGAUCUAAGUGAGAACGCAACGUCAAUUUUGUUAACAUUGUAG